CGCUCUCAACGUCAACCUACUACCUCUUGGCAGCUCGACAAGAGCCUUGGACACUCCACAAACAACAGGUCCAGGCGCGCACUCGACGCCGACACCGCCACGAAAAAGUUACAAACUCCUUUGCUGCUCGACCUCGACGGUAUUUCUGGGCUUAUCGGUCACCCAUAUUCUCUUCCAGGGUUCUCCUACUUCCCGCUCCCGUUCACGCCGCUACCCGCCCUUGGCCCGACAGCCCGACGCUGCCCCUGAAGCUCUGCGCCGCCGGGCCUGCUGCAUGUCUCCUCACGGCCAGGAAGCCAUCUCCCCGAGCCAGCCCGGCAAUCACAAAGAGACAGUAGCAGUGGGAAAUGACGAGCCAGCGUUUGCUCCAGAAGAAGCGCCUGCGGGUCGGCCUUCUGGUGGAGCAGACAAAAAGGUGCUGCCAGGGGCAAGCGGGAAGGAAGACCUGCUAGAUUCCCGUGGUGGGGAAGAUGUAGACCGAACCGAGAUGGAACUUGGGAUGUCUCGCGAUCCCGAUGAAGCUGCCAGGCAGGAGAACGAGCCUCGCGAUGCCGUCGACGCCUUGUCCUCCUCGAUCGCGACCUUGAAACCGACGACUCCCCCCACCAUCACAACGUCCACACAGUACCUGACGGCCGAAUCAAGAACCUAUGUUGAUCCCACUCCGCCCACUCCGGCCUCUUCCAGGCCAUCUUCACGCGCGCUGUCUGCAGCUCCGCCGUCGCGAUCUGGCUCCUCGGAUCCGUCCCCGACAAGAUCCGACGCCGUUUACGACGAGACUGAGAAGCGGUACACCAGCGAAGAUGAGACGGAGCGCGGUUCCAGGUCAGAGAUCCAAAGCAUCAUGGAGCAGUUCAGCGAGGAAGGCGGCGGACCAGGUGUGGAUGAGGUCAUGAGCCCAAGGCUGGAGAUGGCCUCGCCCCUGCUGGGCAGCUCGAUUCAGCAUCCACCUCGGAAAUCGAGCCUGGAGCCGCUGGCUCCCAGCAUCGCCCAGCAGCUCCAGGAAGUGCAGGGCCUCCGGUUGUCGAGCACAUCGCCAGCGAGCAUGAGGUCGAGGAAGGACAACGACGACCAGGGCCCUCCGGUCCCUCCGAAGGACGACUAUGCAUACGCUCCCGGCCGCGGGCGGCAUCAAUCGCAUGGGAGCGUCGACGCGGCAAUGUCGCCGAUCGCCUCGUUGCACCGCCCACCGCCACCAGAGCCCGAACCGGAACCGGCCUUGCCGUUCGAUUUCCACCGCUUCUUGGAGCAGCUGCGCAACAAGAAGGCCGACCCGGUCGCACGGUAUCUCAAGUCGUUCCUCUCCGAGUUUGGGAAGCGGCAGUGGAUGGUGCAUGAGCAAGUCAAAAUUAUCAGCGACUUCCUCGCCUUCAUUGCGAACAAGAUGGCCCAGUGCGACGUUUGGAAGGAUGUGUCGGACGCAGAGUUCGACAACGCCCGCGAGGGAAUGGAGAAGCUUGUCAUGAACCGCCUAUACUCGCAGACUUUUUCGCCCGCGAUACCGCCACCGCAGCCGAUACCCGGGGCGAAACCGAAGAGAAGGGGCGGCGAGCGACCCAUGGGCCCGGGAAGACGGGGCCAGCAUCAGGAAGACGUCGAGCGGGACGAGGUCCUUGCUCAAAAGAUCAGCAUCUACGGCUGGGUGAGGGAGGAGCAUCUCGACAUCCCACCAGUGAGCGAGAGCGGGAAGAGGUUCCUGAAGCUCGCGCAGCAAGAACUGCUCAAGAUCAAAUCCUACCGUGCUCCGCGGGACAAGAUUAUCUGCGUUCUGAACUGCUGCAAAGUGAUCUUUGGCUUGCUCAAGCACUCCAAGUCGGACUCGUCUGCCGACUCGUUCAUGCCGAUGCUCAUCUACGUCGUGCUACAGGCAAAUCCAGAGCAUCUGGUCUCAAAUGUCCAGUACAUCCUUAGGUUCAGGAACCAGGAAAAGCUGGGCGGUGAGGCUGGCUACUAUCUCUCUUCGCUGAUGGGCGCCAUCCAGUUUAUUGAGAAUAUGGACCGGACAGCAUUGACCAUCACGGACGAGGAAUUCGAGCACAACGUCGAGGCGGCCGUCUCGGCCAUAGCAGAGAAGCACCGCGCCGAAUCUCCGCCGCUGCCGCCACCUCCACAACCGGAGAAGACCGGCUCGCUGAGACCGCCAGGCCCGGCGGGAUCGGGUCCCUCGUCGGGCCGCCCCUCCGCUGAUGACGGCGAGCGCCCCGCCAGCCGGCGCCGGUCCACCUCCUCCAACGAGGGCCCCGACAGCAGCGAGUACAGCGGCGCCGACGAGAAGGCCGCCAUCACAGGCCUGCUGCGGACCAUCCAGAAGCCGCUCAGCACCAUCGGCCGGAUCUUCUCCGACGAGCCUUCGUCGUCGUCGUCAGCGGCCGCGGCGGCUGGAGCGACAGCAAACGCGAGCAUCGCCAGCCCCGCGCGCACGCCGCAGCCGCCAGAGCGCGGCGAUGGGGACCUCCUGCGCGUCCGCCAGCGCCUGUCGGCGGAGGAGGCGGCCGCGCGCCAGGCCAGCGCCGAGGCCGCCGAGGCGCAGCGCCUGCACCGCGCCGAGCACGCGAACGUCGUCGAGACGCUCGCCGGCAUGUUUCCGGACCUCGACCGCGAGGUCAUUAGCGAUGUGGUGUACCAGAAGCAGGGGAGGGUCGGCUUGGCCGUUGACGCUUGCCUCGCUCUGUCGGCGUGAGGCGCGGGGAUGGACCACUGGGGUUGGAUUGGGGAGUCAUGGCAGUUAUAUACCGAAUUUGCCGUUCUGGUCGUUUUUUCGUUAUCCUUUCUUCUGCAGCGAGCAUUGGGCGGGAGGGCGGUUAUCUCUUCACAUUUUCUUUUUUCAUAUAUCUGCAUAGCUCAGGGACAGGUUGUCGUGGAAUCGCUCAGCCUUCCUCCGGCCCCGGGGCGAGGGCUCCAAUUGAUUGAUGAGGGCGGAUAGGACCGCCGUUACUCCGUUGCAAGAUUGCUAAGGCUCCAACUUGAUAAUGGUUCUGCUGCUUUGACUUGUCAAAUGCUUCCUACGUGAAAGAGGAGAGUCAAGGGGGGUGCCGUAUCAGGCUUGUCCAGAUAUGCUGUUGGAAUGUGGUGUUGGUUGAACCAGCCGGUGUCUGGAGUGUGGAACAAUGGGUACGCUCCAACCCAGUUUUCCUCCUUGUUUGUGCUCACCUCUUUCUUUUCACCCUUCUUGCUUCUCUCUUCUUUGGUUUGUUCUUGUUUCAAGAAUUGACCCCGGUAUGCCAGUUGGUAUGCAUUUUGAGCCACAAUCUUGCCCGUGAUGCUACACAG